GGUUACCUGCGUGCAGGCUUUUCCUGUGACUGACCAGUAGGAAACCAUCGCCUCAUCCAUCCUUGGGGCGGAUCACUUUGGAUACAUUCCCAGGUGGCGGUGAUUCCCGUUUAUGCACAUGGGAAACUAGUCCAAUCAUUUAUUUUUCUCACCGAACACCAAGUUCUGUGUCAGUAGGUGGGAUUUUUAUUAUUUUUUAAUUUUUUUAUUUUUGGACCUACUUCUCUCUACGUCAUUUCAACAAACCUCCACCAUGAAUUACUUGCGUCGACGUCUCUCGGAUAGUAAUUUCAUGUCCAAUCUGCCCAAUGGCUACAUGACCGACCUCCAACGCCCCGACCCGCCGCAGCAAAGCCCCGCAGUGUCGCCCGGGCCGGCGGAGAGGCGCCAGCCCGCCGCUCAGCCGCAGCCUGCAGGAGGAGGCUCCGGUUUCUUCUCCUCCAUAUCCAAUGCUGUCAAGCAGACCACCGCCGCUGCGGCAGCAACCCUAUCCGAGGCGGCGGAUCGGGCUGGCGUCUCCAGCCACGGCAAGAUCCUCCUGGUGAUCGACGACCAGCAGACCGACUGGGUGAAGGUUUUCAGAGGACGAAAGAUUCACGGUGAAUUUGACAUCAAAGUAGAACAGGCAGAGUUCUCAGAGAUCAACCUAGUGGCCAACGCCAGCGGCACCUAUAACGUCAACAUGGACGCCAUCAGGAAUGGGCAUAAGGUUACUAAAUCCUUCAGGCCAGACUUUGUGCUGAUCAGGCAGCACGCCUUCAGCAUGGACAGGAACGGAGACCAUCGCAACAUGGUGAUCGGACUGCAGUACGCUGGACUGCCAAGCGUUAACACCCUGCACUCUGUCUAUAACUUCUGUGACAAACCGUGGGUGUUUGCUCAGAUGUCAAGACUCCACAAGCAGCUGGGCCCGGAGGAGUUCCCACUGAUCGAGCAGGUUUACUAUCCAAAUCACAAGGAAAUGAUCAGCGCCCCUAAGUACCCUGUUGUCGUAAAGAUGGGCCAUGCUCACUCAGGAAUGGGAAAGGUGAAAGUGGACAAUCAGUAUGACUUUCAAGAUAUCGCCAGUGUUGUGGCGCUGACCAAGACCUACGCCACUUCCGAGCCUUUCAUUGACGCAAAGUACGACGUCCGCAUCCAGAAGAUUGGCAACAACUACAAGGCUUACAUGAGGACCUCCAUUUCUGGAAACUGGAAAACUAACACAGGCUCUUCUAUGCUGGAGCAGGUGGCCAUGUCAGACAAGUACAAAUUGUGGGUGGAUUCAUGCGCAGACAUCUUUGGCGGGUUAGACAUCUGUGCUGUGGAGGCUCUACACGGUAAAGAUGGCAAAGACUACAUUAUUGAGGUUGACGACUGUUCGAUGCCACUGAUUGGGGACCAGCAGGAUGAGGAUCGAGUUCAGAUUGCAGAACUUGUGGUUUCUAAGAUGCAAGAGACUGUUCUACGUACUCCCAGUUCUUCCUCGGUACGCGCGGCAGCGGGACAGCCGGCACAGAAAGCAGUUUCUCCUCAGCCUGUCUCACAGCCAAGAGUGCCACAGGCUCAACAGCGCCCCUCCCCUCAGGGUGGUCCUCAACAAAGUCCUCCGACCCAGCAGCGGCCCCAGCCUCAGGGCCAGCCUCCCGCACCAGCUCAGCAGUCUGCUGCCAGCCCGGGUACCGCUGAGCCCGCUUCUCAGGCCAAGCCCAGCCAGGGCCCCUCAACCCAAACCCGAGCCCCAGGCCAGGGCGCUCCUCAGCGAAGCCAGGGAGGUUCCCCUCAAACUCAGAGGCAGCAGUCCGUCUCCCAGCAGCAGAAACCUUCUGCCGGUCAGAAACCUCCCAGUGGGCAGCAGCAGCAGAAACCGGCCCCACUCCCUAGACAACAGUCACAGGGAGGAUCACAGAAGGUCCAGCCAACCCGUCCCGGGCCUCCAACCACCCAGCAGCCGAGACCCGCUGCCCAGGGUCAGGGUGGCCCGGGGGGACGCCCCCCUCUGCAGCAAAAGCCCCAGCCCCCACAGAAGCCCAGUCAGGACAGCCCGGCUAUGGGCGGCACUCCACAACUAAACAAAUCCCAGUCUCUUACCAAUACCUUCAACAUUCCAGAAACCCCAGCGCCCCGAGCCAGCCUUAGCCAGGACGAGGUGAAGGCUGAAACCAUACGCAAUCUACGCAAAUCUUUUGCCAGUCUCUUCUCAGACUGAGCUGGCAUCAGAUCCUCCCAUCCCUCUUUCUUCUUCUCCAGCUGAGAGAAAAACAGACAGGCAAACUGAUGGACAGACACCCCUUCUACACCCCACUCCGGAAACGAGCAAGGACCAACAGAAUCUCCAAUUUAUGAGUGUGAUAUGAAAGUGUACACACUUGACACCCACUGCCCAAACAGUUAAUAUAUAUUAAAGUGAACAAAAAGGUAGAAUAUAGAGUCAGAUGAUGUGAUGUUUCAGACAUUUCUCUCCUUGCUUAAAGCUUAACCGGGUCAUCAUGGCAAACCUCACAGAAGCCUAUAUAUGUGCAUGCGACAGCCAUUAACUAAAAUCAGAAACAAAGCAGCACAAUACUGCUUCCUCUUGUUUGUUGGUGCUGUAAAUCCGUUGUGGUAUUUGUGGUCAAAAAAACUGAAGGACUGUACAAUUGUUAUUGGGAUGAGGAAAAUAGUAUAAAACAAUUUCCUAUUCCUCUGUAAAAUCUUGAUCUAGUGACAAUUACCGCAAGUUAUACUAAAAUAAAAGUGAAAAAAGAAAUACACUCCAUUUUCUUGAAAAGAUAUGUUAGGAAAUUUUUUUUUUGGCAACAAAAUCGAAUACAGGAAAUGGGUUGUAAACCUUCUUGUAGCAACUUUACCUAAGAGCAAAUUCACUAAUGCAAAGGCAAAGAGUGUUGUGUUUUAUUCCUAAGAUAACAGAAGUGUUAUUUGGUGUAGCAUUAGAGCAGAGGAGGAGACGGAAAUAAAAAAAAUAGCACAGUGGAAGCUAUAAUCUCCACUUCUUCCUUUUCUUGUACAAGCUAGCGUUAGCUAAACAGUUCAGCUAGCUGCAGGUAAUUAGGAAGUUACGAUAUAAAACUCCCAUGAACCAUUGCUUCAAAGGUUCAUAAACAGCUCAAAGCAAGACAGUAAAGAUCGAGAUAGCACUAAAAGUAUAAAAAGUCAUCUCAGCUAAAUACUAAACCAAAAUUGCUAACAAAUAACAACCGAAUCCUAAUGAAAUUAAAACAAGCUCUCAUUCAGAGAAAAUGUAAAUGAGACAAAAUAGUUUCUUCAUAUUUGUUCUGUAUCUUGACAGAAUGUAUUUUCUGUCAGAUGGGAGCAGCUAAAAGUCUCAAUAUGGAGUGAGAAGGAUCCCACACGAAGGGAUAUGAAGUUAAUGGCCACUAGAUCACAAACAUUUUUCAUCUUCCUGUUCCUGUCCUCUAAAGCAUUUUUGAUGAAAUGGCAGAGAGUGACCCGAGUUUUCUCCCGAUGUUUGAAGCGUAAAGUAGCACCAAGCUCUCAAUUUUACAUCUGUUGCUCCCCACUUUUCACAUUUUUGCAACUGUAAUAAUCAACAUUUUACUUCAAUUUUGAAGCGGCUUAAUAUAUAUAUUUUUGUUUUUCUGCUUUAAAUAAUAGGUAUUACCAUUUCAUAGCGUGGUAUACUUUUUCCAUUAACAGGGUGCUGCUAUAUAUGAAACUGUGGUAUUUUCAUCAAAGUUAUCAUGUCAUGAAAACCUUAAAGAAACCCAUGCUUAGCUGGGAUAUUAAUGAUAAGCAUUCCUAUAAGUCAUUUAAACAGUGAUGUAGUGACAAAACAAAUAACAUCAGCAACAAAUGUGUUAUUUUAUCUCUUGCUGUUAUGUUAUUUUACAUUAUGAUACUCUUAAAGCAUGAGUACACGCUAAACAUGAACCGUUUUGCUAUUUGCUUUGAUUGGGAGGAAGGCUUUGAGAUUUCACACAUCCUGAUUUGUGAACCCCAGUGGGGUACCGACCCCCAUCUUGGGGAUCCUGUGCCUCUGACAAAACACAUUCCUAUAACCCACUCAAAAGUUGUUAUCCGCGUUAAUAUCAGCAGCUGAAUUUUAGUCCCAAUAAUCAGCAUAUAGCAAAAUGCUGUUGAUUAAAAAAA